GUGUGGUAAAACGUAGCACUGCUAUCGAACGACGCGCUUCUGGUGGCAAAAUAACCUUGCGACUUUUGCCGGGCCAAAUUUUGUAUACAGAGUGUGGCGGACGGGCCACAUAAGACUCUGCGCACUCUGCUGGUUCAUCUCAACAGGCUCGGGUAGUGACGACUAAUUUGCGGUCCGCUUCGCCCAAUCCUACCCAGUCACGGACGCCGGCGAACUAUCACAUAUUAUAAUAUAACUAACCCACGAUCACGUCAAUUUUAACGUCCUCAUGGACGCCGACUUAUCCUAUCUACUGACCGCCCCCGCCAAAGGAAUUUGUUCUCCUUAUCUCUUAUCUUCAUGGAUAUCACACAAUCUUUAUCAAUGCUUAUAUUUUUGUUGUACUUUUUACUGAUAAGCCAUGUGGACAAAACAAAAAAAUCAAAUCUAAAAUGUUAUUAUCAAAUACCAAUUACUAAACAAAUUACAAGUAAAACAUAAUAUUUCUACUUAUAUGUGAUCAUUAUUUUAAACUGACAAUAAUAAAUCAAUACAACAAACUCAUAAUGUCAUCAAGUAGUAGACCGGAUGAUCAUCGGCGAAAAUGGGACCGAGACGAAUACGAAAAAUUGGCCAGAAAAAGACUGAUGGACGAUCUCGACGACGAUCAUUCCAAGGACCUAUCACCAAUAAAAAGAGAAAUGCUCAAGCAACGAGAUUACCGCGUAGACUUAGACUCAAAACUUGGAAAAAGUGUUGUAAUUACUAAAGCCACUCCUUCUUCACAAAGUGGAGGAUAUUACUGUAAUGUUUGCGAUUGUGUGGUUAAAGAUUCCAUUAAUUUUUUGGAUCAUAUAAAUGGAAAAAAACAUCAAAGAAAUUUAGGAAUGUCCAUGAAAAUUGAAAGAUCAUCAUUGGAUCAAGUGAAAAAACGAUUUGAAACAAAUAAAAAAAAAAUGGAAGAAAAGAAAAAAGAUUAUGAUUUAGAACAGCGUUUACGAGAAUUGAAAGAAGAAGAAGAGAAGUUAAAAGAAUAUAGAAAAGAAAAAAAGAAAGAAAAAAAACGAAAACAUGACGAAUUAGAUGAUGAACCACAAAACGAUGAUAUGGCAGCAUUAAUGGGAUUUUCAGGAUUUGGGACAUCAAAAAAAUAACGAUAGGAUAAAUAAUUAGGUGUAAGUGAUAAAUAGUAAAUAAAAAAGUCAAUAAUACUAAAUAAUAACAUUUAAAAUUGUAAUGAAACUGCUUUCUAGAAAUUCAUAUAUAUUCAAACCAAACAGAAAAUCCAUUCAGAUCUGUAAAAAAAAACUAAUUUUAAUAUUAUAAAUAUUUAUUUUUUUUUGUAAUAUUUUAAAUGUACACAGAAAUAUUCAUAUCAAACCAUUUUACAUGAAAUAGAAUAUAGAUGACAGAACAUAAUUAAUAUCAUAUGUACCAAAUAUUUUAUACAUUUUGAUAUUUCUUGAUUUGUAUACUUUUAAAAAAAUACAUACAAUUUUUUCAGUUCUCUUUAUAAUAAGUAAAACCAUACUCAAAAUAAUGUACAUUAAUACAUUGCAAUAUUAUUUAUAUAUAUAUUACAUUUUUUUU